AUGGAUGCAAAAGAUAAUGUUGCUUGCGGUUUCUUUGUAUCUUUCUUCCCCCCACCCCACUGCUCCGGCAAACAAUGUCCACAGAAGGCAGGAACUCCUGAGAAGAUGAAGAGGCUGAAUCCGGCUAACCUGCUUCGCUUGACUGUGCUGCUCCUCAAUUAUCUCUGGAGAGCUUCAACUGUUAAUGUGCGCACAUGUGAGGGUUACCCAGGACAGGGUGAUGUGUAUCACUCAGGCUUCCACUGUCCACGAUUAACUGACUCUCAAGAACAUAUGUACUGCUGCUGGCCUGGAAAUGACUCCUUAAAAUACUGCUGUAUGCACGAAGAGUUUGAAUCUGUGAUGAAAGUCAAUCUAUCAGAGAAGCUCGCCACAUACAUUUAUAGGAGCCCUCUCCCUCUGCUUGGCAUUGGCUUCUACGGACUCUUGAUCCUUUCACUGAUGGUUGUAGAUUUCAUCUAUUACUACAGACUCAAUAAGACUUCUUUCUACAACACGUUGAGUCACACGUGGAUUGGGAAGCAUCUUAUCCUUCCUCUUUUCCAGAGAAACCUGGAAGACGGCAUUCAACAAAGGAACAAAGGUGUUACGGCAAGGAUGACAGCAGAUGCCAGACAUGACGAGCACAGACCUUUAGAAGCCAAUGUGUGA